GCCCGCUUCCUGUACCCGGACAUCAGCAUGCUCUCAGAUGACGACGAGAGCGGCAGUGACAGCUCGGGGUGCGGCGAUAAAGCCUUUCAUCACUCCAUGGACGUCAAGAGAGGAGACAAGAAGUGUUCUCAACUGCAGCGCGAGCCGCGACAGCGCCACACGGCCAACGCCCGCGAAAGGGACCGGACCAACAGCGUCAACAGCGCCUUCACCGCCCUGCGCACGCUUAUCCCCACCGAGCCCGCCGACCGCAAGCUGAGUAAAAUAGAGACUCUGCGCCUGGCGUCCAGCUACAUCUCCCAUCUAGGAAACGUCUUACUACUCGGAGACACCUGUGGGGACGGCCAGCCGUGUCACACCGGUGGUCCCUACUACCAGCAUCACCCAACCGCCAACAGCCCGAAACACCGAGAUCCAGAGCCGGGCCAGCCCAAGCAGAUCUGCACCUUCUGCCUCAGCAACCAGAGGAAGCUGGGAAAGGACAGAGAGAGGAAAACCGCGAUCAGAACCUAAUGACGGCUCCGGGGGGAGCGCAGACCCCCCCACAGACACCCCCAAAUCACAGCCUGAAGG